AUGGCCGCCCGUCGUCUUCUGAGUUGGCUGGAGGACUGCAGCGGUUUCAGCUUCGGACCCCAUGUCUGUCACGUCGCACAUUACACAAUUGCCGUCACAUACAUAACGUACCCGCAGAUGCUCUAUUGGCGUAGACUCAUCCGCGCUCCAAUGCAGAUCAUUCUCUCCGUAGCACUCUUUACGCUACCUUUUUCUUGGUCACCCGCGCCCCGCCCAUCCCCCCCUGCUUACGUCCCCCGUUUUGGGCCUCCUCGUUCUCAUCCCUUUAUUUUUCGUCACUGCGCCUCGCUCAUAGCUCCUGGCGACGCUUCGCGGGGCGCUCGCUCGCGCUUGCGCCGGUACCCAGUUACUAAUUGUGGGGGUUACCCGUGA